AUGCCUACUACCUACAAUGAUGCAAAGCUGAUAAAGAAUGAAAAUAUACCAUAUUUUCUUGCAAAACUUAGAUUAUACUUGCAAAACCAAGAUGUAGAUCUAGCAGAUAAUGUGGAAGAUCCACUAACAGGAAAAGAAGUAGCUAUAAAAUAUUUAAAAGGAUACAUGAAAAAAAGAGCUUUAGAAUAG